GUUGUGUGUAUGUGCGUUUGAGGAAAUGCCGUUUUGUGCGCACAGGGAGGGUCUGCGCUCACUUCAUUCACACUAAAAACUCCAUCUUUAGUUCUUCUUUGGUUUAUUGAUCAAGUUCUGUUCUGAGCAGUUUUUCCUGAUCCAGGGUUCAGUCCGUCAUGGAAUCUGGAGGCGCGUGCAUUGAAACAACAGCUUCAGUCCACCUUCAUGGCUUUGGAUCGAACCGGAUCAUAAACGUCAUGUGUUCCUCUGGAUUGUGGCAGAACCGCAGCCUGGAAAUGAUCCUGAAUGCGGGUUUGAUCGUCGUCUUGCUUCUGUUCGAUGGUGCAGCAAGCUACAGUGUGGACCAAGAGCACAGUCUGGAGUUCAGCGGCCCUUCAAAGUCCAUGUUCGGAUACUCGGUUGCACUGCAUCGCCAUGGAGCUCAGACCUGGUUGGUGGUUGGAGCUCCGGUAGCUAACAAGUCCUUCAGCCCGUUGGCUCGAUCUCCAGGAGCUGUUUACCGCUGCAGAAUCACUGCCGAGCGCCAAACCUGCCAAGACAUGCAUCCAGAUGUUCAUAGCUGUGGAAUGACGUGUGAGGCGGAGAGAGAUGACCAGUGGCUCGGAGUCAGUCUGUCUCGACAGGAUGGUAACAGAGGAGGACACAUCCUGGUGUGUGCUCAUCGUUGGAAGAACGUCUUCUACUCCAGCAAAGACCAUCAGAGCAGCAAGCUUCCUCACGGAAUCUGUUACCACUAUGGCCCUGAGCUACAAGACCCCCAUCACAUCAUCCCCUGCUACAGAGACCACCACAAGAAGUUUGGUGAGGACUAUGGAUCGUGUCAGGCUGGGGUUUCCACCUUCCUCACGGAGGAUCUGAUCAUCAUGGGGGCUCCAGGGACAUCUUAUUGGACAGGUUCUGUCCUUGUCUUCAACACAUCCAGCAGGGUGAUGUCAGCCUACCUGGAUGAUGACUCAGGAGCAGUCAGCUUUGGAAGUUAUCUCGGUUAUUCUGUUGCAGCCGGCCACUUCCUCAAUCGUUCCACUUUGGAAGUGGUGGGCGGAGCUCCACAGUUCAGCCAAAAAGGAAAGGUCUUGGUCUUCUCCAUGGACAAAAACAGGCUUCAUGUUGUUUCUGCACUCAGUGGCAAACAGAUGGGCUCCUACUUCGGCUCCAGUCUGUGUGCAGUGGAUCUGAAUGCAGAUGGUUUGUCUGACCUGCUGGUUGGCGCUCCAAUGACAACCAGCUUUUCCAGGGAAGAGGGACGAGUGCACGUGUACAUCAACCAGGGGGAGGCACAUUUGUUGGAGGUGGAGUAUCAGUUGACUGGCAGUGACGCGUAUGCUGCCCGGUUUGGGGAGUCCGUGGUUGACCUGGGAGACCUGGACGAUGAUGGUUACCAUGACGUGGCGAUUGGAGCACCGCAGGAAGAUGACCUGAAAGGAGCCAUCUACAUCUACAAUGGCAGGAAGGAAGGGAUCUCACCAAGGCCAUCACAGAGGAUUACUGGAUCAUCUCUGGGUCGUGACCUCAAGAUGUUUGGGCAGUCACUGAGCUCUGGUAUUGAUGUUGAUGCAAAUGGUUACCAAGAUGUCGCAGUCGGAGCGUUCCUCUCAGACUCUGCUGUGGUUCUCAGGAGUCGCCCCGUGGUCCGGGUUGAGUCAUCUCUGAUUGUGCCUGAGCAGAUUGACCACCAGGUGGCGCAGUGCCAAGAGCAUGGAUCUCCAACUGUCUGCUUCAAUGUCACCAUCUGCAUCAGUGUCAUUUCCCGACAGUACCGUGGGGUGACAGAUCUUCAGUAUCGUUUGACCUCUGACCUCCUACGCAAGCCAUCCUUCCCACCUCGUAUUUAUUUCCAUGGUAACGGCUCAUCCUAUAGCACAAGGGGGCGGGUCAGAACUCGACAAGGACAGCUCACCUGUACGACUCACCUGACGUAUCUGAGGAAUGAUGUCCAGGAUAUUUUCACUCCGCUCCAAUUUGAGGUUUCCUACAGUCUCAGAGAACCAAGCACCCACAGAACCACACCCACAACCUUUCCACCAUUAAAACCCAUUCUGCAGCAGAGCGGAGACGCCCGCAAUAUCAUCACCAACCAGACUCAGUUUUUUCGUGUUUGUUCUCUGAGGAAUUGUUCUACGGACAUGAAGCUGUCAGCUCACCUGCUGCUGCCACAUGGGCGUCAGUAUUUUGCUCUGGGUUCUGGACACACUUUCUUGAUACACGCUGUGCUUCAGAAUGCUGGAGACCACGCCCUCCUGCCGCGGGUGAUGCUCCGUUUCCCCUCAAACAUUCACUACAUCAAAGUGCUGCAGAGCGAGGAGGGGCUGGUCAGUUGUGAUGUCAUGCCAGAUGUGCUGAUGAACAUGGUAGUCGUUGACUGCGUUGUGUCCCGACUCGUGCUCGCUGCCAACACACAGGUGAAUAUGAGCUUCCUGUUGGACGUUAACCAGAACAGCACUCCGGGUGACAUCAUUAUCAGUGCUCACGCCAGCAGCAAUAACUACGAGAGUGAGGAGUAUCUCCAUGACAACCACCUGACUUUGCUCCUCCCUCUUCGAUACGGAGUUGAUGUAAACAUCCAUGGGUUUGUGUCUCUUUCCUCAUUUAUGUUUAGUGAUGAAGACUCAAGUCCAGUAGACUGUUACUCUGAGAGACUCAACUACACCUACAAGGUCUUGAACUCUGGACCCAGCCGCUCUUUGGACACCGUGGUUGAAAUCUAUCUGCCAAAGAUGGUGUGGCCUCACACACACAGACUCCUGCGGCUGCAUGACUGGCAGUCGUCCGUCGGCCUUUGUUCCAUCAGUGACACAACGGUUUCUGUCAUGGACGACUGUGAUGUUCCUCAGGCUUCCUUCAUCAAACGGCUCUUCUUCUUCUUCUCCUCUAGCUCCACCCGCAGGCUGUUCUGUGGACGUGCUGACGAGCUCUGUGAGUGGUUGGUGUGUCGCCUUGGUAACCUGGAGGCAGGGAGAGAAGUCACCAUCCAGCUGGAGGUCGGAGUGAACCCGGCGGUCCUACUGCAAGCUCCGGGCCGGCGUGCUGUCAUGUUAUUGGAGAGUUCAGCAGUGAUGUCAUUUCCCACUAAUGAUCCUCUCACCACCAUCAUCCAGAAGCCGUCUGCAGCAACAGUGGUGGUUGAGGCUCGCGUUACCCAGAAGCCCUCAGCGUCUGUCAAAAUCUUCAUGAUCGUGCUGAGUUUAGUUUUGGGUCUGUUGAUUCUGGCUGCGCUCGUCUGGUGUCUGUGGAAGGCUGGAUUCUUUAAGCGGGACUUCCAGGCGAAGGACGAGGACUUCAGCAGGGACAGCUGGGACUAUGUUCCUAAACACCAGAGGACAGAGAGCACGUCCUAACCUGGACCAUGACCUCUAACCUCCACCUGAGUGGGGGGGAUACACCCUGAUGUGGACCCCAGGAGACACACUGUGACUGCAAACAUGCCAUGUGGUGGUACUAGAUAACAAAUGAGACAUUUUGUUCUGCAGGGAAAACUAGAAUAUUCUAUUAAGAUAAAACCCAGCUCCGCCCACAGCUGAUUCCCUCUGGUGUCCCCCAGCUCCUG